AUGGUGUCUAUUAUAAAGAACCAACUGCUCAAGCAUCUCUCCCGCUACACGAAGAAUUUAUCACCGGACAAGGUGAACCUGAGCGCAUUCCGUGGCGAAGGUGAACUCUCCAACCUGCAGCUAGAUGAGAACGUGCUGACGGAGUUGCUGGAACUGCCGGCCUGGUUGAGGCUGACAUCUGCCUGGUGUAAUCAUGUCUCGUUUCGAAUAUCCUGGACCAAGCUGAAAAGCACUCCGAUUAUGCUGACGCUGGACGAAGUGAACAUAACAGUAGAGACAUGCGAGAUCGCACGCAGUGGAACACCGACGGCCGGGCUAUCGAGUCUGGCAGUACCUCAAGGGAAAUACAGCUUUAUACACAAAGUCAUCGAUGGCAUCACGAUCGUGGUGAACACGGUGAAUGUGAACCUCAAGAGUCCGGCUUUCACCGCCUCGGUGCAAAUGUCCCGGAUACGGGUCGAGUCCCGAACGCCCAAAUGGUUGCUCGGUGAUCUGCGCGUCACAAGACUGAAGGAUCCGACCCGCGGCAUGAUACUGAUCUUCAAGGAACUAACCUGGCAGACGGUGCGCAUCGAAGCAAGCAGCACACAGGACCUCAAUCUUACGCCCUUGCGCCUGUUAACGAAUCAGGCUCGGUGCAGGAUCACGAUUAAAAAGCGACUCGCCGACUGCAGCAUCGUCGCAAGCCGGCUGGUGCUAAUUCUGGACGAUCUGCUGUGGGUGUUGACGGAUUCGCAGCUAAAGGCGGCCCUCCAUUUCGUGGACUCACUUACCGGGCUCAUCCGGGCGUCGACGAACGUGGUGCAGCGCGUGAAGGCCCAGAAAAAGCUGGAAACCUUGCCCGAAUACCAGGCGCAGCUGGACCAGUCGAAGAAAGCGCCAGACACGCAACAACUCUCGGCUGCCCAGCGUUACUUCAACGCGUACGACAUGCGGGAAACGUCGUAUCACUUCUUCAGCCAACACAUCGAUCUGCACCUGUGCGACGAUGCCGGCGUUGGACGGUCUAGCCAUCCGAGCCUGGCCGAUGGUGGUGCGCUGCAGAUAUCGGUGAAGGGCUUCCAGAUCGAUUACUACCCGUACCACCUAGCAAAGGCCGAUCGAUCCCACUGGCCAAAAUACCGUGAGGCUAGCAUUCCACCGGCUCUGUGGCUCGAACAAUCACUAAACACCUUCAGGGAAGCCAUUCUAAACCUAAGUCAACCAAACCGACCACCGCAACAUGCAUCUCUGGAAAGAACAACCAACUUCAAUCAACAGCAGUCGCAAACCACGCAACCGACGUCUCCUGCGGUGGGACAGCGGACUGGAUCUGUGGGAGGCAGCGGUGGUAAUGGUAGCAAUCAACCGGUGACCCAAUCGGUUCCCGGCACGCCCAAUAGUGUCAGUGGUGCUGCCACAAAACACGUGCUGGACAAUCUGGCGAAGCUAAUGUGUGCCUGCGUAGUGAUGAAAAUCGAUGAGUUUACGCUGUAUCGCGUGACGACGUCUGGAAGCAAGCAGAUGCCAAAGGAGUUUGUUUCCGGUGGACGUUUCAGCAUCAAGGAUGCCUACCGUACUGCGUACAUCAUCCGCCAUGUAGAGGGCGAAUCGCGCUGUGAAGAAAUAGAAAAACUCCGCUAUGCUCAGUAUGCUUGCCCCGGUAAACAACCCCAGAAUUCCUCCGAUCGAUACGACGACGUCGAUGCCUUCUCGUACGAUCUGCCUUCGGUAGCGCUGGGACGGAAGGAUCAUCAGCUUUAUCGAUACCUGCCGCUGGGAACGAUCGUGCAGGAACGAGUGACGACCGAUGACACGGAUUUCGUUCUCGCUGAUCGAGACAGAGUGCCACCGGAUAUGGCUACACUUCACGCGGAAUUCACUUACUUCUACUACCCUGGAGAUUUCAUUUUUCCAUUGCCGCCCUCAAAGGCGUUCGUUCACAUCAACCCCGUUCAAGUGCACUUUCAUCUGGACAGCGUGUUGUGGUUCAGCUCGUUUGUGCUGAAUCUGCACGAAAGUCUGCUACGCACGAACAAUGUCACCAGCGGCCUGAAUUCCCCGUCCACUCCGUCGUGCUCGUCCGGCGCGGAACAUCAGCCGAACAUAAUGUACAUGGACGUGAAAGUGGAAUGCAUUAUGCCGCGGUUGAUCUUUGAAGCGUCACCGGGAGCACCACAACAGCGCGAUAGGCCAAAAGCAAUGCACGUGGAGGUAUCGCGAUUCGCACUUACUAACAUCCGCGAAACCGGUGCUUCCCGGGCCGACCUAGCCCAGGCAAUAUCGUCCCUGCAAGAAGGCAGCCUUGUGUUCGGUUCCGGGUUCCCUUCGAAGCCGGGCGAUUUGUGCAUCGUCACAGAUCGGAUACUGUCACACAUCGCGGCCACGGACGUAGCUGGUGCGAUGAAUGCAUCUGUGCUUAACGGAGGUGGCGGUCGCGAAGGAUUCGCGUCGGAUUUCAGCAAUCUUACCAGGUACGCCACGUGGCGGGAACCGCGCGACGUGUGGUGCUUGAAACUCGAUCCCGUGUGGGUCGAGUUUUACGGUGCCCGUUCAAUCGGUCCGAGCCGCGCUAUUCCGUUCGUCGAUGCGGUGCCAGUAACGAUCUGGAUGCACGGACGCUCGGAUGAACUAUCCAGUGAAAGCAGUCUUAUCUUGUCUGUCGGAAGCCUAAAGCAGUCAAUGGAUUUGGAAUCCACGCCACUGGGAAGCGGCCAUUGGAGUGGUGGUGUCUCGAUAGUAGACGACGAGAAGCGUAAACGCUUCUCAACUGUGUCCGGUCAAGGUUCUGAUGCUAGGAUACGGCCUCAACUGCCUCCAGCAUUUUCGUCGGUUGAAGCAGACACCGAAACGGACAACCGAACGGCUGAUUUGCAUGUCAUCGCGCAUGUUUCCAAUUUGGUUAGCGUUCAAAUCGAUCAUUAUCAGUAUCUGUUUUUGCUGCGAUUGGCCGAGGAAUUGACGGAGCUGGCCACAUUUCUGUCACUCGAUUCAAAGCGAAUUUUACAAGCGGCUAAUACGGAAAAAUCCAUCAUCGUUGGCUGUGUGAUACCGCAAGUGGAAGUUUCGCUUGUGAUGCCCUCGCAGACCCCCGGUAAGGAAUCCAGCGGAGGCGAUGGUGAAAGUGUGUUGCCGGAUUCGGCAAGUUUGGGUAACUAUGCAUCAUUAAGUUCCGGGUGGCCAAAUUCGAUGGACCAAACAAGAAAUUCCAACAUUUUUAGCAGUACCGAAUGUCCCUCCCCAAUUGCAACCGAACCACCGGUGGAAGUACAUCACAUUUCCAAUCCCAAUACCCACGGGCACAAUGUGCAGAUACAAAGCAUUCCGACUACCUCCUCCACGUCAGGUGUUGUUUCGGUCGAGACACCGUCCUCCUCGUCGGUUGUGGUGGUAACGGCUCGAACAGUUGGUUCAACGAGUGCCACGACACCGGUCCAGGUGCAGCAUGGUACAUUACAGAACGCCCCGAAACCACGAAAUUCAACCACCGACUCGACGUCGUUCUCGAAGGAGAUCAACUCUGGGCUAAGCUCUAUGAAGAAGGGCUUUACAAGUCUAAUGACUUCGAUUGAUACCGCGCUCAAAACGAACACAUCCGACGAUAUCAGCGAUACGCUGUCGGUGCAAUCGGAUUUAAGCUCGGAUUCAGAGCUGCAGCGCGUGCUGGAGGAUACAGAAAAGACGACCGAUUGUAUGGAUGCAAUGUUCAAGUUGUAUUCUUUCGGACAAGAAAACACUAUCAAAAUGGCACCAAUCGAAGUAGCGAGUGAGGUGUGCGAGGAUCCGUUCCUGACUAACAUGUCGUCUCCGUCCGAUCCUUCCGAGAGCAUUAGUCUGAAGCGACGGGAUAUAGUGUCGAUGGUGACGUUCAGGUUAACCACGGUGGAAGUGAUCCGUCAGAAUGUCGGAAGCGGUUCCUCGCUUCGGCUGCAAAUAUCCGCUAUAAGCUGUGACGAGUGUGGUGCCAUACCGUGGGACGAAUUUCAGACCAAGUUCGGAACUAGAUGUAGAGCAUGGAACAUUGCACCGCAUAAUCCGGAAGCACCGCCUUGUGUUGCGAUUAGAUUAGAGGAAGAACUCACUCUGCCGGCCGACUCCUGUAAGAUUACUGACAAAAAGACAAUCCUCAGUUGGUUCCAGCGAAAGCUCAACGUUGAGGUAAAAGAUAUUGAUUUACAGUUGUCAAUGAGUACCGUGGUGGGUUUAGCAGACCUUGCCGAGGACGAAAUGAUUCCCACGCCGAUUCCAAUGGAGGUGACAGUGGAGAAUGUGAAGAUCAACCUGAUCGAGGAUCGGCCACCGGUGAACAUCACGUCACCGGGAUCGCUGCCUGUGAAUCUGGCCAUCGGGCGGGUACUGCUGACGCGUGAUGAAGCCGGUGUCUUUUAUGUACAGCCAACAUUCGGGAGCAAGAUGGACGACGUCGCAGAUGGCGGCAAACGCAAGCUGAUCCGAUCAGAUACCGAGGUCCGGCGGGAGCGCGAUCGUGAAGUUAAAUCCUUGCAUUUAGUGUUGCAGCAGCUCAAGCAAGACAACGACAGCUUGAAGAAGCAACUGACGGACAACGAGAAAACAUCGGAAAACAAUAGGAUGAAGGUAAGGCAAGAAAACGAGGUACUGCGCACGUACUUGAAGGCUGCCCAAGAAGACAUAACCACACUCCUCGACGAGAAGCGCACCCUGAUGGCGACGAUCAAAUCACUCCAGGAUCAGCUGACGUCGAUGAGUGACGUACAGUUGGGCCACCAGGAUGGCAAGAGAUAG